AUGGCCGCCUCUCCUGCCGCGCUGCUUCCGCUUCUCGUCCUCGCCGUCAUCUGCGGCGUGGCGGCGGGUGACAGCAGCACAGGCAGCGCAGUGGACGCGAGUGUACACGUGGCAACGCAGGAGGGCACAGGCGGGGCGGUGGACGCGAGUGGUUACGUGGCAACGCAGCAGGGCACAGCCGGUGCGGGAAGUGACAGCAGCACAGGCAGUGCAGUGGACGCGAGGGUCCACGUGGCAACUGUGAUCACGGUGCCGGGCGUGAGCGUCCCGGUCAGCUUCGACGCCCUCCGCUGCUUCAGCCUUCCCCGGGCGGCGCGCAAGGCGGCGGGUGACGUGCAGGUGUGGUGGCACGGGCUCACGGGCGGCGGCAAGGGCGGCGGCAGGGGCGGCGGGGGUGCGGCGUGCAAGCAACUCAAGUUUUUUGCCAACCCGGCCUGCAAGGGCAAGGCGCUGGAUGAGGUGCUGCAGCCGCAGUUUGCCGCUCUAAGGAAAUUCUUCCACGUGCCCAGCGCAAAAAAGGUUGCCCGAUGGACUUCCGUUUCCUGCAAGUGUGAAAUCACCUGCCAGCACGCCACAUGUCCAGGCAACUCCACGUGCAUGCCAACGACUGACAGCAAGGGCGUCACCUGUGCAUGCAACCACGGCUUUGCCGCCGUAAAUGGCACUUGCGUAGACUUGUGUGAUGCGGUGAAGUGCGGUCCUAGAGGCAACUGCACCAAGGAUGCAAACGGAAAUCCAUUCUGCACUUGCAACACUGGCUUUAAGCCAUCGAAUGACACGCUUUCUUGCACUGACUUGUGUGAUGGGGUGAGUUGUGGCCCUGGAGGCAAUUGCACAAAGGAUGCGAACGGAAAGCCAUUCUGUACUUGCAACACGGGCUUUAAGCCUUCUAAUGACACGCUUUCUUGCACCGACAACUGUGCUGCAGUGAAUUGUGGGGCCAAUGGCAAGUGCGUGAGGAAGGACAACGGUGAUCCCACCUGCCAGUGCGAUGCAGGCUUCCAGAUGCCUCCGGACAAACUGCUUUGCGUCGACACGGCUUGCGCUGCAUUGGGCUGCGAGCCAGAUGGGGUUUGUGUGACCAGCGCCGAUGGAAUCCGCUCUUGCAAAUGGAACCAAUCCGACCAAGUGUCUGCCAGCAGUAUGACUUUCAUCGCGGAUCAUAACGCCAGAGGCAACGCGUCCAAGCCCUACACCAUCCGCUUAACACAACCCGGCUGCACUCCAAUCCCGAAGGAGGUUGCCGGGAUCUACACGUUUGCGUAUUCAGUGGAUAACAUUGGUGGUGUUCCGGGUUGUUUUUACGUCGCUUUUUUCACUGACGAUAACUGCUCCCCCUCGAGCCGGACGUUGUCUCGCACAAUGUCUGGUCCGAUGAUUGCGAUGGCAAGAAU